UGCGGCCGCUCUCAGGUUUGCCGGGGGCCGAGCCGGAAGUUGCCCUGUUCCUUCACCUUCCCUCGAUCUGGCGCAAAUUAAAGAGCUAUAAAGAGAGGUUCCGGAGCCGGCCCGGUCCGUGGGUGGCCGAAUGGAGACCGAGACCGUACACGGGUCGCUGACCCGCCGCCUGACCCUGGCCUCUUCCUGGGAUGCCGCGUGCGGAGCCUUGGCCCAGAGUCUCCGUCUCACCCGGGCUGGUCUCGGCGCCCGGGACGCCGACUGGGAGGAGCUGCUGGCGCCGCCCGCCUCGGGCCAGGAUCAGGUGAUUUUGAAAAGGAACCUGAACAACCAAGAUGAAAACCCCUGCUUCCUUUACCUGAGAUGUGACCCUCAUGGAGGUGAAGAAAUCGUUUCUAUUGGCAUUUUAAGUUCAGCAAGAAAUAUGGAAGUGUACUUAGGAGAGGAGUACUGUGGAACCAGUAGGGGCAAGAAUGUUUGUAAUGUUCUGGAUAACAGUGAACAUGAAAAGAUUACUUUGUACAAAAAAUAUCUAAAAUUGGAGUCUUCCACACAUGCUUGUAAAAUAAAGCUGCUCUCCUUUGGUGAAAAGAACUGUGUGUUCAUCAGUAAAGUUGUGGUACUCGUAAGGCCAGUCUCGGCACCUUCUUCAGCAGGCUCUCCCGCUCUAGGCUCAAGGAUAGACCUGGAGAGGGUCCAAACCAUCAUGGAGUCCAUGGGGUCAAAGUUAUCACCUGGAGCUCAGCAGUUGAUGAAUAUGGUGAGAUUCCAGCAGCAGAAUUGUGUUGCCAUCGGAGAGCAGCUGCAGUCGAUACUGGGAAACACGGGACACAAGCACGUGAUGGGGCUGCAGUCCUCGUCUACUGCGGGAGCCUUCGACAAGUCAUCCUCCACACCUUUUCCUUUCAGAACUGGACUGACAUCUGGAAACGUGACUGAAGACUCGGAGACUAACACUGAGGAAAGUCUGCAGCCCGCUGGUGGAGGAAGUAUGAGCAGCCUCCAAGAGUGUAAAAUUGUGCCGCAAAGCCAUUCUCUUCUUGAGAAUGAUCUCAAGAAUGCGGUAUCUUCUUUCUUAUCAAAGAAAGCAAGUGACAGCUCACACAUACCUAACUCCGAGUUGCUACCUCUUCUGCAGAAUUUGUGUGGCCAGGUGAGCCAUCUCCGGGUGGGACCCGGCACCAAGUGGCAGGACAGCAUCACCAAGCCCGGCGGAGACACUGGGUGUGUCAUAGUAGAAGAGCAACCUGUUUGUUCCUAUUUGGAAAAGAUUCUUUCUAAAAAUUUGGAACUGAUGGAAAAGAAACUUACAGACUACAUUGAUCAGCGAAUAUAUAAACUCCAGGAGCACAUAGAUAAUAAGAUUGCUUUGUUAAUGGACUUGCUGCAACAUCCAAACUCCCCACCUUCUGGGAUGCCUCUGAGACAUUAUGACUCUGGAGAAGGACUUUCAAAUGGAGAAAGAUAAACACUCAACAUGUACAAAGUACUACAGAUAUUUAUUACAUAUUUAUUACAAAGCCAAACCGCACCCCAGAACGUUUAUGAAAAGCAAGUAUUUAAUGUCCUUUGAAAUAUUACCACUUACUUACGUGACCUCAGUGUUCAUUUUC